AUGAAAAAACAAAAUCCUUUUGCUCCGAAGAAAGUCUCCAACACGGCACAAGGAAAAAAAGUCAUUGGAAGUUUUGUUAAUGAGGAUCAAGGAUCAUCAUCGGGCACCAAAGCAUCAUCUAAAAAAUCAUCAGAAGAUCAAAAAAAGAGAAAAAUUGAAACAACAACAACUUCAUCAUCCGAUGAUUCAUUCACAUCCUAUCCUUUGGGAAAGAAGAAGAAGGAUUCCGAUCAACAACAACAACCGAAUGUUGGAAGAGUAACAGAAUCCAUGAUGAGAGCCUCCAUGGUAAAACCCGAAGCUGUUUCUGAUUCUUCAUCAUCCAAUUAUAUUAAGCCACUUCCAGCGAACUUUUUUGAUACAGCACCAUCGGAAUAUGAUAAAAAGAAAAUUCAAGAGGGUUAUAAAGAUUUGACAAAGAGUGGAAAGAGUUCUGGAAUUGGAGCUGAAUCCAUCAUUAAAGACAAAGGAUUUGCUAAAAUUGUGAACUCUGCAGUGAUCAAGAAGAAGAUUGAUAAAACGGGAUUGAAUGCAGAAAAACCAGUCGUCUCCACUCGUCAAACAAAAGCAGAGAGAAAUUUGGAGACACUUGAACAAGAGUUGGAUGAGCGAGAAGACGCCGAAGAAAUGAAACGCCAAUUAGAAGAGUUUUUGAAAAUUGAAGAAAUUCGCAAACAAACAGAAGCUCUAGUGUCAACUAAAUCUAAUAAGGACUCGGACGGUAAUAAUAUUACGGACAAGAAUGAACCAAAAGCAACGGAACAACUUGACGAAAGUGAUGAUGAGCUUGAAAUGAAUUGGAAAUCCAAGUCGCUCAAGAAAAAAUAG